GUCACUAGGGGCUGUGAGCAGUGACACUUGGUGUCUAAUGGUGCAGCUGCUGAAAUCAGAAGAGGCUGAUGGGGUGAAAAUGCUGUGAGAGGUGGUGUGUCUGGGACUAUCCAACCAGCUGCCUUUUGGUUCUUCUACCCCAACCAGCAGGACAUGGAUAAACCUCAGAGAUCCUGUCACCUCUUGGACCUGUGAUCUCAGACAGUUUCUGAUUUGCUGCAACAAACCAACAGCUCCCUCCCCUUAGGAGAGAAGCAUUUAGGGCCUCCAGGGCUGGUUCCAGCAUCAGCCCAGAGAAGGUGACAUGGACAAAAUCCCUCACUCCAUCGGGGGUGUCUUCACCUUUGGGAAGGGGCUUCAGCACACAAACCUUUGGAACACCAACAGGAGGGCUGUAGAUGUCUAAAUGGCAUAUUUGAAACUUCUCCAGGGCUAGAGGUCCCUGCCAUCAGAGGAGAGUCUCCUCCAGGUUCAUUGUGCUCAGAGGGUCAGAGAAAUACCGAACAUUCCCUGCACGUGAGACUCCAGGCAAUGUUGGUGGUUCCCUUGUUCCCAUCACGCUUCCCUUGGCUGCACCUUCUGCACCUGGGAGAGGAGAGGUUCUGGAACCCAUGUCACAGGGACAGCUGGUUCUGGAAGCUCCCGGAAGACAGGAGCACCCCAGCAGAUACCUGGCUGGGCUGGGAUAUUUCAGGUCUUUACCCCCCAUCCUUGGUGACCCUGCUGGUGUGUGUCCCUGUCCCUGCCUGGUGCUGGUCCUGCUGGCCCCAUGUGUGGGUUCCUGCUGUCCCAUGUGGGUGGGCUCUGCUGGCUGCAAGAACUGCCUGGCAGCAUGGAGACCAGGCUGCUGGGGGCUGCUGUUCUCCUCUCCCUGGUGGACGUUCUCCAGGGCUUUGCAAUGGAGGAGAAAGGAGACGUGUUCCAGCGGACGCCGUGUCCCGCUUUCCUGGUGUUGGACAACACCGCCUACCUGGCUGACAUGACCUUCGAGCUGCCCUGCAACUGCAAGCCCGAGGAGGUCUCCUCCGUGGUCUGGUACUUCCAGAAGGACAUGGGCAGCCCGCAGAGCACCGUCCUGACCGACUUUUCCGGCACCGUGGCCGUGGCCUCGAGCCACGCCCGGGCGGGCAGCGCCGUCCUGAAGCGCUUCAGCAUCCGCAUGUUCAGCCUCAUCGUCUUCAAGGCGCAGGUGAGCGACUCGGGCCACUACCUGUGCGGCACCGAGAGAGGGGACUUCUUCUACGGCUACGACGUGGACGUGCAGCCCAGCAGCCACAUCUCGGUGGCCUUUGUAGACAGAGGCCAGCACGUCCAGGACGACUACUCGGGGGAGUUCUUCAAGCUCUUCACCACCUUCUGGGACUGGACGAGGUGUGACCGCUGCGGGGUGCGGGGCGAGCAGCGGCGGGUGGGGCUGUGCUACCUGCAGAGCCCGCAGCUGCACCCCCGCUACCGCACCGCCCUGCCCAACGUCACCUCCUGCGGCUCCAGGGCUGUCCCCGCGCACUUCCAGCAGGCCGUGCGCCUCCGGCGGCCCGAGGUGGCCGUGCGAAGCUGCCUGAGCCCUUGCCCCAAGGUGGAGGCCCCCAAGGAAGGGGUGCUGGCCAUCUCCAACGUCAUUGCCAAGCUGGGCCAGAAGCCCUGGGUGCCCCGUGUCCCCACGCAGUUCCACAAGCAGGUGAUUGGCACUAACCUGAUCAUCGCCUGCCCGGGAGCCCGGCCCGAGCACGCGGUGGCCUGGGACAAGGGCUCGGUCCGGCUCUACCGCUCCCGCUACCUCCUCAAUGUCAACAGGAGCAUGAGGGUCUUCAUUGACCAUGGAAACCACCUCCACAUCCAGCGGGUCCGGGCCAGGGAUGGAGGCACCUACUUCUGCUGGCGGGAGGGCAAGAUGGUGGCCGGGUUCCGGCUGACCGUGACCUUCCCGCCGCGGCGCCGGCGGACGCUCUACGACCCCGAGACCAUCUACGCCAUCAAGACCAUCAGCAUGAGCUACGGUGUCAUCACCACCAUCUUCAUCCUCAUCCAGCUGUGCCGCUGCUGGUGGCGGGCGCUGAGCAGCCCUGGGACGUAGCACCUCCAGCAUGGCCCACUCCUGCCCUUUGGAUCCUGGCUUGAAGCUCCACAUCUUCUGACCCAGCCCUGCACCUCCUGCUCACCCACCUGUUGGGUUGGAAGGGUGGCAGGAC